CGCAGUGUUGCCAGCCAUAGAGCCACGUCAGGCCUGUAGCAACUGCUCGUCUUCUACUGCCUCUCCAAGGUUAGAGACAGGCCCGCCUAACUGGCUGGAAACACUCAGAGGAAAAGACACUGGGAGCCGGGCUGAAACAGCGAUGCCCGGAAUUAAGUUUUUUUGAGCGUUCACAUUUUUCUCCGGAACAGAAGCUCAAAGUGUCGGCGGCGAAAUUGUCAGCGUGGACACUGACAGCGUUAUUUCGUCUCUAUAGGAGGUUGUGCGGCUAAGAAAAGAUCGUUAUCGCCCGGUGCUUGAUGGAAACGCGCAAUCAUAAAAAAUGGUUGCAUCUGGAGGACAUCCGUGAAUGCGAUCGUUUCCUUUUGACAUCGGUGCGUCAGAAAAGACACCUCAGUAAGCUGGUCUUCUGGUUGGGUGUGAAGUGUCUAUUGUGCACCGUGGUCCUGGUGGAGUGAAGGUGACUUGAGCCCCGUCGCAGUCGAGGCAAUGCGGAGAGGAGCCACAGGCGCUCAUCCGGUACCUUUCCUGCGCCCCCAGGCUCGUCUGGAAGAAUAUCUGCUCCUUCUCUCACAUUAAAGGGAAGGGACGUGAGAAAUAGAGCUAUAAGAGUAAUCGAGGUUCAACCCAGUCUGUAGUUAGCGAAGGUGAACUGAGUCUAAAAACGCAGGAGAGAAUAAGGUGAACAGUAAGGUGCAGGGCGGUGGAAGCAGGAGGGGAGUAAGUGGUGGAGUUUGGGGGGAUCCGACUAAAUCGUUCUGUCUUAGGGCUGUUUUUGUGGUGGAUGUGUAUGCAUGAGUUCUGCAUCGAAUGGGCGCAAAAACCGCCCCAGAUCCGCCGGGAACAUCUUCCAGAUCGGCAAGCCACCUUACAGAGACCCACAGAGGAGGGAGAGCACCGAAAGUACCCGCAAAGCUCAGCGCGCCGUGGCCGACUGCAGAAUGAUCGUUCAAGAAUUCAACACACUUGUGGCUCUGUACCGUGAACUGGUCAUCUCCAUCGGCGAAAUAACAGUCGACUGUCCUUCCUUACGGGCGGAAAUGCUUAAGACCCGAACUAAAGGCUGCGAAAUGGCGAGAGCUGCACACCAGAGUCUCUCCUUGAUAUCGGGGCCAGAGGAUGGGGAAAUCCACCCUGAGAUCUGUAGACUCUUCAUCCAGCUGCAGUGCUGUCUGGAGAUGUACAUCACAGAGAUGCUGAAAUCUGUCUGCUUGCUGGGAUCCCUGCAGCUCCACAGGAAAGGUAAAGAUUCAUGUGGCCCUCCUGGCGUUGACAGCAAGACUGAAGACUCAGACAUCCCCAUCCUGGAAGACACCUCUUCCUCCCCCACCGAUUGUCCUCAGCUCUGCUGGCUAGUGGCUACUGACAUAGAAAACAUAGAAAAGGAUAUGAGAGAGAUGAAGAACCUUCUCAGUAAACUCAGGGAGACAAUGCCUUUACCGCUGAAGAACCAAGAUGACAGCAGCUUGCUGAACCUGACUCCCUACCUACUUGUCCGACAGAGGAAGAGGCGGUUCUUUGGGCUCUGUUGCCUGGUAACCAGCUAAGAGCCCCACCUAUAUGUAGGAGGCGGCAACAAAGACACCAUUACCCACUGUCUGUCACCACUUGUGUCUACCACCAACCUAUUACUGCCAUUUUAAAAUAAAUAGUCUCUUUCUCUUCUUUUUUUUUUCAAAGGCUGCCCAUUUUAUAAUUUUAUUUUUUAAUACCAAGAAAAAAUUGUAACUGCAAGGGAAUGAAACAACUCAUGAACAUAUAUUUUAAGAAAGUUUUGCAAAAGCUUCUCCCUUUUUUGGUAAAUUAAGUCAGAUAUCUGCUUGUCCAGUGUGCAAAGAGAAUAAGAGACCAUCCAACAUAAUGUCAAUGUUCAAUUACUUCCACAUCCAGAGUGAAUGAAAUGAUGAUUCAUGUUUAAAAAAGGGAAUUUAAAUGUCUGUUUUGUCAGAAACAAUGUGAUAUCUUAAUGAAGAGAUGCCAUUUGAGAGUGUGAGGAAGGUACUUGCAAAGACAGAGUGAAACCUUUGUUUGUCAAAAGCGAUACAAGUUUGUUCAGAAGAAGUCUUUUGUGUAUUCCAGUCUCUGUUUUCCGUUUCUUGUUGUUUUUCCUCUUAAUGUACUUAAUUUAGUCUUCCAUAAACCAAGAACCUGUAUCCAACUUAAACUUUCCACUUUCAUAAUGGAAUAUAUGAUACAAUAGCCUACUCAAAAGAAAACUUCUUUGCACACAAUAUCUAUCUAUAAAAUGAGACAUUAGACUUGUAUAUACACAUAAUCUUUACGCAAUGCUCUGAAUUAUUUUUAAAGAUGGAGGCGUCUAGUAAAGAAUGUUGGUCCGUGUUGGUAUACCAUGUGGGAAGAAUCUUGUCCUGACUGAGACAGUUAUGCAGGCAGAGGGCAGGUAAUAUGGGUAUUGCUUAUAAAAGAUAGUUAUCAAUGUUUAUGGAAGGAUGAAGAUACAGUAGUCAAAGCUGUAAUAGGUCGUUUUACAUUGUUAAUAAAACUUUUGUUAUUGAAACCAA